AUGAGUGAUGAUGAUAGUUAUGACCUUUCUAGCUUAGAGGUUCAAAUUAUGGAUAUGAAACAAAAAAAGUAAUAGUAAAAUGAGAGCUAAAAUGGAAUACAUCCACAUAAAUAAGCUUUAAUCAAACGUCCUUCAUCUUAUAAAAUUAGAAGAAAGUUUUCUUAAGAUUAGGCACAAGCUUUAAGAUAUGCUGAAGAAUCUCAAGCUAACGAUAAAUAGGAUAUCUUUCCUUAGUCUACAAGAAAUCAGACUCCUUUUAAGAUAAAUUUAAAUAAUAAUAAAUUAUUUUAAAAAGACUUUGAUUAAUAAAAUCCUAAAAAUAUAAGGAUAAGUUCUGCAUCUGCGAAAUAAAUUAUGAGCAGAAAAUAAAUCUAUAAAGAGUAGAUUUAAAAUUAAGAAAAAUAAGAAUAAGGAUAGCAAUCCUCUCGCCCAAAUAUUUUCUAGCUGAAUGAGCAAGAAGAUUUAAAAUAAUUGAGAAUGAAUUUCUUGUUAAAAAGCUAGGAGCUAUAAAAUCAAAAUCAAAAUGGUAUAAAGCAUUAGUAAUUUAAUAACAAAAUUUCUACGCCUUAAAACUUCAGAAAAAAAACAAAUUUGAUUUAAUAGCAUUUUUAAAAAGAAGAAAUAGUAAAUGAAAGUAGUUAAUACUAUGAUUUAUCACCAGAGAAAGAUAAUUUUUUUGAAAUUAAUAACGAGUAAAUUCAUAAUUAACUUGGAGCAUAAUAAGAUUAGCUACCAAAAAAAAUACUAAAAUCAGAUGUAUAAAAAUUGAAGGUUGAGCUUGAAAGAUAUUAAAGGCUAGCUUAAACUGUGAAGGAAAUUAGUAUGGUGAGUUAUCUAAGAAAAUCAAUUAACUAGCUUGAAAGAGCAUAAAAAAAUGAAUAAGAAUACUUAAAUAUUAUAUAAAAAUAAUCAAAUUAGUAUAUGAGAUAAGAGGUUGAUAUGGUUAAGUAAAAGAAUAUUUCUUUAAGAAGAGAAAUAAAUAACUAGAGCAUUAGGAUCAAUGAGUUACAAUCUCAAGUUAGUAAUUUGUUAGAAUAUAAAGAAUUGCAUGAAGAAGAAUAAUAAAAAAAUAGCAAACUCUAAAAUGAAUUAUAAGAGAAAGUAACAUUAAUUGAGAAUUAAACGCAAUAAAUUUUAGAAAAAAGUAAGAUAAUUGAAUAAAGCACCAUUCAAAUCAAAGAAAAAGAUGAAUCAAUUUAGAAUUAAAUGCUAGAAAUUCAAUAAAAAGAAAAGAAAUUUGAAGAAUUAAAGAUCUAAUUGGAAUAAUAAAAAGAAAAACAAGAAAAUCAAAUUAAUUAAUUAAAUUAGGAUAAAAAUGAACUAACAAAAUACAAAGAUCUUUAUGAAUAAUCUCAACAAAGUUUGAUUCAAAUACAAAAAGAAAAGGGUGAUGAAGUAGAAAAGUAUAAAAAAUUAAAUUAAGAGCUGCAGAAAAGCUUAGAAGCUUCAUAGCUAAAAUAAACUGAAGCACAAAUUUAAAACAUUUAAAAAAUAUUUAAGGAUAUAAUAAACACCUAAGUAAAAGGAGGAAAUGGAGAUUAGUAAGUCAAAGAAGUACUUUAAUAACUAAAUCCUUAAACUAAAGUUAAAGAUAAUGCAGUUUAAUUCACUAAAGCGUAUUAGGUAGUGUCAUAAAGUUAGCCUAGCGAUUAAUAAAAGAAGGACCUUUAAGUAAAAAAUGAUGAUAUAGUAUAAAAUUAUCUUUAAGGAAUGUAAAAGAUACAGCAAGGCAAUGCAACUUAAAAUGAAGUAAAUAAAGAUGAUAAAGAUUCUUUGAAGUGUCUAAUGAUCUUAUAGAAUAUGUUUAAAUAGGAUGGAAUUUCUACUUUUAUCACUGAUACACCAAUUUAAACCUUGGAGAAAGAUAAAAAUUAUUAAGUAUAAUAAUCUUUUCUUUAGGUAGGACUUCAUAACUAAGCUAAAUAUUUUACAAUUAAAAUCGAUAAAUAAUCAACCCUCUACUAGAAUCUGAUAUAAUCGAAGACGAAAUAGAAUAUUAAUGAGUUCCUUUAAAAAUUCAAAGAAGAUAUUGGAUAAAAAGUAAAUUCUUAGAAUCCAUAAUAGGAUAUCACAAUCAUCAACGUUGACUUUGAUAAGCUUCUUCAGAUUGACUUUUAAGUGAAUUCUCAACAGUUUAGCUCUUAAGAAUUAAGAAAAAAGAUAACUUUUUCAGACCUUGGGUUAUCAGUGAGCGAAAAGAGUCUUUUAGAGUUCGCAAAGCUAUCAGUAAAUAUGUUUGAUUCAUAAUACAAUAUGGAAUGGCCUGAAAGCUAUAAGGGAAAACAUGAUGUUAGAGGAUAGCUAAAAUUCUUCGAUAAAAUAAACCCGGUUGACCAUAUGUACCAUUACCCAGCAGGUUAUAAAGGCUAUGCGUUAAACAUAAAUAGAUAUGGAGAAGACAGGUCUUGGAUUUCAUCAAAUGCUGAUGCAAAUACAUGGAUUGUUUUAUUCCAUGGUACAAAUGAAAAUGCUCUUUCAGGUAUUAUGAAAGAAAAUUUAGUUCCAGGUUAUCGUAAUCUUCAUGGAGGGGAUAAAUGUAGGAUAACCAACACUAUAAUUAAAAAGGGUCCAAAAGAAAAUGUCUAUUUAACAGACGAUAUGUCUAUAGCUGAGCACUUUGCAGGUGUUUCUUCUAGUUACGAAGGGAAAAAAUAUUAUAUUGUUUUUUAGUGUAGAGUAAAUCCAAACGGAGUAAAAAGUCCUGUAAAUGAACCAAGAUAUUACACUGUUGAAGAUAACCAAAAUAUCAGACCUUACAGAAUUAUUUUAAAAGAAGUUAAGUGA